GACACACCACCGCAACCCAACCCACCCCACCCCUUCCCGUCUCAAAACCCUAAUCCCAACGCCGCCGCGGCGCCGCCGAUCAAGCCGACGACAGGCAGCCCCCCUAUCCGGCCGCUCCGUACGCACGCCCCUGCCCGUCGCGCGCAGAUCGGCGGCCGUCCACCGCGACCGUGGGCCGCCGCGGGGCUAGAUUUAGAUUCCGAUUUCGGGGCCCCUAGCCGCCGGGAUUUCCUCGCGUCCCCGGGCAAGGUAGGAGAGACUAUGGUGGGCGGAGGCAGGAGGGGAGGCGCGGCGGACGAGGCCAAGCUCAACACCGGCAACGUGUUCGCGGCGCUCGAGACCCUCAAGAAGAAGAAGAAGGGCGACAAGGCCAAGGGGGGCUCCUCCAAGGGAGGGAAGCAGGGGGACGAGCCCACGCCGCAGCAGCAGAAGGAGCUCUUCUGGGCGCCCGCCCCGCUCAACACCAAGUCGUGGGCCGACGUCGAGGACGACGACGACGACGACUACUUCGCCACCACCGCGCCCCCCGCGCCCAUCUGGGGGAACGACCACGCCGCCGCCAAAACGGCCAAGGAGGAGGAGGAGGACGAGGUCGAUGCUGUCCACGCCGCCCUGCCGGAGGAAAUUGAAAGUGAGGAUGAGGAGCAUGAUGAUGAGGCUGAGGAUGGUGCUGAGGAUGAACCUGAGCAUGAAGUGGAAGCUGCUGAUCCUGAUGUGAAGAAAGUUGCAGCAGCACCUAAAGAGACAGAAAGGCAGCUGUCCAAAAAGGAGUUGAAAAAGAAGGAGCUGGCUGAACUUGAUGCUGUGUUAGCUGAGUUGGGAAUUUCUGAAAACACAAGCGAUGCUGCGCAAGAUGGAAACAACAAUGCUGAGAAGAAAGGUGCGAGCCAAGCUGGUGAUGGAGAGAGAAAGGAAGACGCACCUGCCCCUUUAGAGAGCAAGAAUGCCAAGAAGAAGAAGAACAAGAAGGACAAGAGCGCAAAGGAGGCAAAGGAAGCUGAAGUGUCGGAGGAGGCUGCCAGUGCAGAACCCGAGGAAGACACGGCUGUGGAUGUCAAGGAGCGCCUAAAGAAGAUGGCGUCGAUGAAGAAGAAGAAGUCGGGCAAGGAGACGGACACAGCUGCAAAGAUCGCCGCGGCAGAGGCGGCAGCCAGGACCGCCAGGCUCGCGGCGGCAAAGAAGAAGGAGAAGAGCCAUUACAACCAGCAACCCGUGCGGUAAAAACGCGACGGGCCGCCCAAGUUUUGAGAUGCUCCUGAGUUUCGAUAAUGAAUGAUCCCCUUGUUCGUUUUGGACCCGUCGCAAUAAACUUUUUCCCCAUCCAGUCCUCCCCAGAGUUGUGUAUUUAUGGUGACCAUGGAGCGCCUUUCUGAUAUUCGGUUUCGGAAUUCUGGAAGGCCUUCGUGGUCACCAGAACGGUCGUUGUAAUUGUGUUUUGAAUUGUGUUGAUCCGGUUGAACUUAUGAUAGACAACAACAUGGCCAACAGGGCCUCUUGGGUACUUUUCC